AUGGAACCCUAUCCAAACGGCUAUUUAAGUUUCACGGUUGAAAAGCAUCUUGAAUCCCGGAACGUCCCAAUGGAGGACGCACUGCGUCAGGGAGCGGAGUGCUGGAAUGCGUUAGAUUCGCGAGAAAAACGCCAGUACCGAUCGAAAUACCAGAAACGAUGCCUCAACAAAAGCUCCACUUCGCGUCAUCGACGCAAGCCGGAGAAACUCAAACGUAUGGGCAGCUGCCGCAGGGCCAUAGUUCCCAAAUGUGCCCGGAAGUCCAGAGCGCCGGCAUGCCGGCCAAGGAGCUCCAGGUAUUCCCGGAAGUGCGGCUCCAUGCGUUCGACUCGUAAAUGCAUGCUGAAGAAGUUACCAGAAGGGAUGGCCACGGACGUAAAGUUUAACGAAUCGCUAGGCUGCAGUGAUCCGCAGACACAUCCGGUCCUGAUCAUCGGCCAACUGCGCCAUCUGAAUCUGCUGAAGUUCAGCCAUCUAGAGAGCAAACUCAGUCCACGCGUCACCGAGGAGACCUUCCUGAAUGCCGUUGCCUGUCUGCAUCCGGCGCCCACCGAUAAGGUGUCCCUCUACCUCGAUGUGGCCACCGUGGCUGCCCUGCCAUUGAAGGCCUCCAGGCACAAUACCGCAUCCCGGGCUCAUGCCAUCACUCGUCUGGUGAAGAACCAUGUGCUGAACGUUUCCGAGGAGAGCGUGGUGCUGGUUUGCGAACGGGAGAAUCUAUUCGCCAGCGCCUGUGCGGUGGUCCGGGCUUUUCCCCUCUAUUCCCGCAAAACGGGCAAUCUGCUGGCUUCCAACCAGCCCAAGCAAAGUUUUGGCUACGGAGAUCAAAGCGAUGGAAGCACGGAUUCAGUACGCAACGUAGUCAAUGUUGAGUUUGUGUUAAUCAACAAGGAUGGCGGCAUUGAGAGCGAACCUUUGACAGAAGACGAACUAAAUUGCCUGAAUGAGACCACCAGAGCAAUUCGACUGACUGCUCGCAUUGUAGAUAUGCCCUGCAACGAGAUGAACGUGGACCACUUCAUUCAGGCAAUCGAAGAUGUGGGCAAGGAGCUGUGCAUCACGCCAACAAUAAUCCGUGGCGAGGAGCUGCGGGAGCGUGGAUUUGGCGGCAUCUACGGCGUGGGCAAAGCUGCGGCUGUGCCGCCUGCCCUCGUUGUGCUCUCCCACGAGCAGAAGGGCGCCCAGGAGACCAUCGCUCUGGUCGGCAAGGGCAUCGUGUACGACACCGGUGGCCUCAGCAUCAAGGCCAAGACCGGCAUGCCCGGAAUGAAACGCGAUUGCGGCGGAGCGGCGGCGAUUCUCGGAGCCUUUUACGCGGCUGUCCAAUGCGGAUUUAAGGAUAACUUGCAUGCGGUCUUCUGUCUGGCCGAGAACUCCGUGGGUCCAAAUGCCACUCGUCCCGAUGACAUCCACACUCUUUACUCGGGCCGCACAGUGGAAAUCAACAACACGGAUGCCGAGGGCCGCUUGGUGCUCGCCGAUGGCGUUUGCUAUGCCAACAAGGAUCUGAAGGCCAACAUCAUUCUCGACAUGGCUACAUUGACUGGAGCUCAGGGCGUUGCAACAGGCAAAUACCAUGGUGCCGUAUUGACAAACUCGGAGACAUGGGAGGCAAAGUCGUUGCAGGCUGGACGCAAAUCCGGCGAUUUAUUGGCGUCCAUAAUUUAUUGCCCCGAAUUGCAUUUCUCGGAAUUUGCUUCGGCCAUUGCUGAUAUGAAAAACUCGGUGGCGGAUCGUCAGAACGCCCAAUCCUCCUGCGCCGGCCUCUUCAUUGCCGCUCAUCUCGGCUUCGAUUAUCCCGGCAUCUGGAUGCACGUCGAUAUGGCCACGCCCGUUCAUUGUGGGGAGCGUGCCACUGGCUACGGCGUUGCCCUUUUGCUGACCCUCUUUGGUGGGCACACUGACUCCAAGCUGCUCCAAUCCAUCGCCCCCACCGACGAGGAGCCGCCCUCGAAGCGCCUGUGCCGCGAUUAACUCAGCCUGCCUUUUCCUGUGCCACGUGCCUGACUGGAUUAACAUGCAUUUCAAUCAUUUUCUUUGUCCAAUUGAGCUCUGGCAUCAGAAGUCACUAUGUGUAGCCGACAGGCAUUAAAAAAUCAAUAUUAUUUAGAAAUACAAGAAGUACGAAAUUUAAA